AAAAAAAAAACCUUAAAUAUUUUUGAUCUGUGCGUAGCAUAUGGUUGUUGAGUCUCUUCAUCAUCAUCUCCAUCCUCGAAUCUCGAUCGCCACAACACCGGUUUCUAGCCUUCACGAUGUGCCUUUGAGCAUGAGAUUUGGAUUGACGCGACAUCUCCUCCCUUUGAAACGAUCUUUCCCCAAUUGUUCAAUCACUUCCCGAUCGCCGGUGACCAUGGCGACCACCGAGAGCGACAAUCUUGUGAAAACUUCGACGGAAGAGACUGAUAAGAAGAAUAAGGAUGAUAACAAGAAGAAGGAGGAGGAGGAGGUUUCGGUUCCUCCACCGCCGGAGAAACCAGAGCCUGGCGAUUGUUGCGGUAGCGGCUGCGUACGAUGCGUUUGGGAUGUCUAUUACGAAGAGCUCGAAGAUUACAACAACACGCUUUCUGGACUUUCUAAAUCCAAUUGAGUGAAAAAUUGCUUCUGAGUUUUUUCUCGCAUUGUUUUGUUACUGGAAAACCAAAAUUAAACAAUGGUUUGUCUAUGUCCAUCUGUCUCAGUGAUUUUGGAUAUCUCCCUAUGAACUUGAGCUCAUGCUUUUCUUACUUGUGAAUAGAAGAAAUCAGACUUGCCCAGAGAGACAAAUCGUCUAUUUAACAAAUGUAAAAGCAGAACCAACGAAGUCAAUCAAAUAUUUCUAAUC